GGCUUCAUGAGUCCCCGCCCACGACUUUAAGGCUCGGUCAGAUCCUCGGAAGCGAAUUGGAAGCAGGGGUGGGACAUCUGGAAGUGCUUCCGGUGUGGUUGCCAGUGCGGUGUUCGUGAGUCUGCUGUCCUAAUUUCUUCCGAAGAUGUUUUAUCACAUUUCCCUGGAGCACGAGAUCCUGCUGCACCCACGCUACUUCGGUCCCAACUUACUCAACACGGUGAAGCAGAAACUCUUCACCGAGGUGGAGGGGACCUGCACCGGGAAGUAUGGCUUUGUAAUUGCUGUCACCACCAUCGACAAUAUUGGUGCUGGUGUAAUCCAGCCAGGCCGAGGUUUUGUUCUUUAUCCAGUUAAGUACAAAGCUAUUGUUUUCCGGCCCUUUAAAGGUGAGGUGGUGGAUGCUGUGGUCACUCAGGUCAACAAGGUUGGACUUUUCACAGAAAUUGGACCCAUGUCUUGCUUCAUUUCUAGACAUUCCAUCCCAUCAGAGAUGGAGUUUGAUCCAAACUCCAACCCACCUUGUUACAAGACAAUGGAUGAGGACAUUGUGAUUCAGCAGGAUGAUGAGAUCCGCUUGAAGAUUGUGGGGACACGUGUGGACAAGAAUGACAUCUUUGCCAUUGGCUCUCUGAUGGACGAUUACUUGGGUCUCGUGAGCUGAGUAAGGAGCCUCUUGCCUUUUGGUCCUGAUUUAUAGAAUGUGACUUUCCUGCUUGGUACCUUGUCUAGGGUAUCAGUCUGGACACUGUUAGGGAGGCAAGGAAGGUCCCUUGUCCCCAGAAGACUGCGGGUACUUUUUCUAACUGAGCUGUUCUCAGACUUUUUACUGAGUUCUAACCAUAAAAGGUCUUUGGUUCUUUUGGAAAUGUUAUCUUCUCUUGGUAGGAAUAAAAGUUUAAUAUUA